CUCUCUCACUCUCUCUCUCUCUCUGGACAGUUGUGAAAUAGGAGUGGCACACGGCUAUUUCUACGACAUCCACGUGACGACAUAUGGAGAGGCCAUUCUCCUGGCUCUCCAGAGUUACGUGAUAGUCUACCUGAGCGUCAAAUACAGCGGUGAUUGGAGCCUCGAGAAUGGGGCGUGGUUUGUUGCCAACGGCGCCUUCAUCGCUGCCAUAGUUACCAAGUCAAUCCCUGCAUACAUCAUCUCUCUAUUGCUGGUAGGCAUACAGUAUAUAUACAUAGGACGUCCAUUGUAUAUAUACUGGAGGUGAAAUACUGUGUGGCUUUAUAAUUAUACUAGAGAUGAAAGGUAUAUAGCGGCACGUGUCAUAAUACAUUGCACACUUCACCUUCGAGAGAAAGAUGUGUGAGAUGUUUAUUUGAAAGGAAAAGGGAGUGUUAGAAGUGUGUCGGUUUGUGUUGAUUUUACGGGCAUUGUGGUGACAUAAAGAUCAAAGGUUGGGAAAAUGUGUCACUGUCUCUUUCUCCUCCCCCUCACACACACACACACUCACACACACUCCUCUUUCCUCCUCUCCUCCCUCCCUCUCUCUCACCAGGCGGCCACAGUACCGCUCCUGAUAGCCAGUAGAGGUACGCAGAUCUACAGUCUCUAUCGCCUCAAGUCGGUCGGAGAUGUCAGCAUCUCUAUGUUUGUCCUUUCUUCGUACGCCUCUGCUGCCCGUCUAUUUACAAUCGCCGUGGAAGUUAAAGACCUCCAAAUCUUCUUCAUGUUCGUUCUGUCGUUGUUCCUCAAUCUGACUGUCGUGGUACAAUGUUUCUACUAUGGCCGGUCAGCCACCAGUCACCAGCAGAAGAAGAAGACGAACUAAAAUAUCACACACUCUUCCUAAUUUCAUUACAUCAUCAUUUGGUCUAUGGCCCCAGCUAGCACUAUGGCAACCACCUGAGUAUUAUUCAUUACAUCAUCCUCAUUGUGCAAAUAUUAACUAAUUAUCAAAUGGGGGUUAUCUUCAGUUUAUAUAACAGCGAGCGAGUGGUAUAUAUAUAAU